AUGUUUGCUUGGAAGCUACUGAAGAAAGCUUUGCCGGUGGGAGAGCGGUUACUUGAGAGACAUAUACCAGUGGACCCUCUCUGCAAACGGUGUGGAGGACUUGAAUCUAUCACUCAUCUAUUUUUGCACUGUCCUUUCGCGCAACAGGCUUGGAGUAUAGCGCCUUUUGUGACGACACUGGAGAGUAGCGGAAUGGUAGAUUUAGCUGAGAACUGGACAUCAAUUCGUACCAGAACUUGCCUUCCCCUGUCGGGAGUAACAAGUGAGACCCUUGGCCUCUGGAUCAUUUGGAAUAUGUGGAAAGCGCGAAACAAAUUCGUGUUUGAAGGUCAUUCGGGUACGCCGGAGGAUACGGUCUUGAUAGCGAUCGCAUUGGCGCGAGAAUGGGGAUCGAGACUAAAGGAGGAUCCAGCUCCCUCGAUUGCUCGAAACCAGAGGAACCAGAAGAAACAGAGCCCUCCCGGAACGAUAGUCAUCAGAUCGGACGCGGCUUGGAAUCUUGGAGGCUCUUCAGCGGGUUUGGGAUGGGUCAUCCAUUUGCCAACAAACAUGAAGCUGUUCAAGUCAACCGAGGACUAUGUAAGCUCCCCUCUUAUGGCAGAAGCCCUAGCGCUGUUAGCAGCUAUUAAAGAAGGAGCCCACGAAGAACUGAAGUGUGUAGCUUUUGAGUCAGAUUCAACGGAACUGAUUAGAGCUGUAAACUCGAACGCAUGUUCGCCGGUGAUCUACGGGAUUGUCGCAGACAUUCUCUCCUUUGCUUCUGUGUUUGAAUUUGUUUCUUUCUCUUGGAUCUCUCGAGAGAAAAAUGGUCAAGCGGAUAUGUUAGCUAAGUCUGCUUUGAUGGCAGCUGAAACCGAUGUGGUUGAUGGAGUAAUUCAACUCCCAACUACCAGACUUUAA